CUAUCAUCCUCUUAUUCUGCUUCAAAGUGGAGUCAAAGGUUAGCCCUCGGACCCAGAAGCCCCAAAUUCUGUGAAUACCUUAGCCACAGUCUCCUGACAACUCCACAUGGUGAGGGCAUGCAGACAUAUUUAGACCCACCCCUCUCAUCAUUACACAUGGAAGUCUGCUGGAAUUUCUGCCCCCUCACAUCCCUCUCCUGCAUUUCCCUCUUCACAAUUAUGGAGGAUUAUAAUGCAAUGCUUCUAUUGUAGUGUAAUUUCAACCACAUUUCAUUGCUGCUCCCCUUUGUUAAGUUUACUAUUUCUCUGGUAUUUUCAUGUAUUGGCAUUCAACACAUUGGAAGCUGAAGCCUUAAGUUUUUGAAGAAUAUUGAAGAAGGGAACUUGUAUUGUAGGGGAGGCAGGUAUCCAAGACUUGAAUUCUGUCUGAAGGAAGUGUCUUAGAUGCUUAUGAGUUAUAGCCUAAUUAGAUUUGGAGUCUGGUUAGCUGGAAGUGCUGGUAUUUUGGGGAAAUUUUGAAUCUUUGAUUGAAACCUGAGGCCAAGAUUGUCUGGGUUUAUGUUGUUGAAGAUGGUUGGUUCAUUUGUUACAUCAAUUUUUAAAGGGUUCUGAUCAUCUGGCUUUGUGGGGACUGGAAAAGUCUUCAAAUUAGCUUUUUGAUUGGAAAGUACUUGGUACCAGUAAUGCCCUUUAGAUUCCCAUUUUGAACAUAAAGCAUAUUCCUGUAUCUAGAGAUUGCAUCUUCAAGUGUUCAAAGACAUUGGACAUGAUCUUGUGGAGAUGAAUUCUGUUAACGAAGGGCAUUCGAGAGAAAAGACGCUGUGAGGUGGAGCUCGGGAAGUUUUGAUCUUGUUGCUGAAGAAAAAUGGCAGCGAGGCUUUUGCAUUCUUUGGCUGAUGACAAUCCAGAUUUGCACAAGCAGAUUGGCUGUAUGAAGGGAAUCCUUCAACUCUUUGAUCGUCAACAUAUACGUAUAGCUGGCCACAGCCCCGAAGCGCUCACUGCAGGUAGUUUGCACUUCAGCGAUGACACUUCUGAACAAAAUUUAUGCAGCACGUACCAGAGAUCAGCUGCAGCAGAAAAACAAAAAUUCUCUAGAGAAUCUUCGACGUACUCAUUCUCUUCAUUGCAGUCGUCUUCUGUCUCUGUUGAUUGUAGAAAACCAGCUCAACGAGAGCAUUUGGCUUUCGAUAGAGCAACUUUUCCUGAAACUCCUUCAAGGGAUCCAGCUAUGAACGAAGUAAAAGCAUCCCAGCAAUAUGGUCGACAGGUACUUGACAUUAGGGAUGUGGUUAAGGACUCUAUGAACCGAGAGGGUCAAGGAUUAUCGACCAAAUCCAAAGUUAGAGAGGAAGUAGCAGAAUCUAUGCUGAAACACACAGUUUUUGAUGGGGAUUAUGAGACAACUCUUGAUGUGAAACAAAAUUUGCCCGAGGAUGUUAAGGAUUCUCUUCGAGUUCUUGCUAAGCUUCGAGAAGCCUCGUGGUAUAGCAGUGAACCUAGAGAGCCUUCAAGAUCAUCACCAUAUCAUUCAAAAGAUGCUUCUCUGUCUGCUUUAUCCUUUGAAUCACUGAACAUUCCCAAAUCCAACUUUGCUUCAAAACCUUCCCGCCAAGAUAAUGGCGGUACCAAUGCUAGGUCUGCUAGGCAGCAAACAUCGGGAGCUCAGGCACGGCCUCCAAGUGUCGUGGCGAAGCUAAUGGGCCUGGAAACACUGCCAGAUUCCAUGUCACCGAGUGAGACUAAAAUGGGUUCAAACAAAACUUGUCAAAACGAAGAUCUAAUUCCUCUAGCAAGGUCUUCAGAAGUAAGUGGUAGGUGCUGCAAUGCUGUUCAAAUAUCUAAUCCCACGAGGAGCCCUUCGAAGGAACCAAAUUCGACUCAUUGGAACCCCAACUUAGUUAUGAAGCCUAUCUCCAGAUUUCCGAUUGAACCAGCUCCCUGGAGGAAGUUCGACGGGACUCAAGUUUCCAAGAAACCAGCAGCUAGGAACUCCAAGAGUUUAAAAACGCCUCUAAGCUCGUUUCCUUCUGCUUAUAGCGAGAUAGAGAAGAGAUUUAUGGAUCUUGAAUUCACUGAAUCAGGCAAUGAUCUCAGAGCUCUAAAGCAGAUACUGGAAACAAUGCAGAGAAAGGGGCUCCUUGCUGCCCAAAAAGAUUGUCAGGACUCUAAUUUUGCGUCUCAGAGGGAGAAUAACGAGCAAAACUGUACUAGUUCCUUUCAAAGUGCAAACCAGCGAACGAGGCAGAGCCAUCAAAUUGGUACUGCCACGAGGGGAUCCAAUUCAUUAAGGCACUUUGAGUCCUCAAUUGUUAUCAUGAAGCCCGCAAAGCUAUUGGGGAAAUCCGGUACACCAUCUUCUUCUGUGAUUCCUCUGGACGACUUAUCCAAUAUCCCUAAACUUCAGGGUAAUGAAGGCUUCCGUGGUAGAAAUGGGGCAGCUACUCGUGUAACAGUCAAGGAUCAAAAUCUUAAAACUAGUAAAAGAGUCAAUACACCAAUUAGUUCCGCUAAAACCAAUAAUAGAACUCCAAUAUCUCCUCAAGUUUCAGUUAGGUCCAAGGAGAACACUUCGGGCUCAGUAAAGACCUCGGGAUUCAUCACCCCCGGAUUGCAACAGAAGAAACUUGAGUUGGAGAAACGGUCUCGGCCACCCACACCUUCAUCAAUAUCAAGAAGACAAGCAACCAAGCAACAAAUGAAGUCUAGUCCCCCUGGUGGAAAGCAUGGGCAAAAGAGUUCCAAUAUCCCGCAAAAUGAUGUCCAACUGAUACGGGGUGAAAUAUCUAAUCAGUCAAACGGGAGUAUAAUUGCUGACUUAAAAGAAGUUACAGAAGAAGUCACUAGUACUUUACAGUCUUUCGAGAAAAGCAGCAACCAGAGUCCCUUGGCAAAGACUUUCGGUCUAUUGGAAAAUGAAUUAUUGGCCGAACGAGCUAUCCUUGCCCCUGAAUAUCCCAGUCCCGUUUCAGUUCUUGACAAUGUUGGGUAUACAGAUGAAUCACCCUCCCCCGUCAAACAUAUUUCAGAAGCUCUGGAAGAUGACAGAUCAGAGUAUCGAGAUUGUAAUCCAGAUGAUAAUGCUACAUCAAGCACCUUUGGUUAUCCCGUCACUCUGGGGAUUAAUAGAAAGAAACUAAAGAAGAUUGAAAAUCUUGUUCAGAAACUCAGAAGGUUGAACUCUAGUCAUGAUGAAGUCCACACGGAUUAUAUUGCUUCGAUCUGUGAGAGCACGAACCCCGAUCAUAGAUAUGUUGCUGAAAUUUUAUUAGCUUCCGGCCUUCUCCUUGGAGACCUUGGUUCAAGCACAACAACGUACGAGUUCCAUUCAUCUGGCUACCCGAUCAAUCCCGAGCUGUUUUCCGUUCUGGAACAAACCAAGGAAAGCACUUUAGGCAAGGAAGAAUGCACCAAAGAAAACAGCAACGCGUUGAAGCCCAAGGAGAAGAUCCAUCGGAAGCUCAUCUUUGAUUUUGUCAAUGAACUCCUUGCUGCGAAAUUGGCUUUAGUAGGACCCUUUUCUGAGCCAUGGCUAAGGCCACGGGUGGCAGCCACGAAAGCCCCGAAUUCACAAAAGCUUCUGAGAGAGUUAUGUGCAGAGAUAGAACAGCUCCACGUUAAACCAUCCAGAUUCUCCUUGGACCAAGACGAUGAGCCAAGAAACAUAUCAUGGGAGGAUCAGCCAGAAAGUUGGACAGAUUUCGCGGGUGAAACUUCAAACAUUGUUCUUUCUUUAGAGCGCUUAGUCUUUAAAGAUUUAGUUGAUGAGAUAGUAAGGGGUGAUGGUAACAGUUUGAGAACCAAGCCAACCAGACAGAAGCAACUCUUCAAAAAAUAAUAGCUUGUUUCUACUUCCCUGCUUAUCAUUCCAUUUUCUUGUAUCUUUCUUUUCAUUACCUUUCUGGUUUUUGCUAAGAGUACUAUACAACAUUCAUGAAUUGAUAUUGUAGUUCUUGGAUGGAAUGUAAAGGGGAAACCACCUUGAUUGUAUUAUAUUACAAUUAUAUACUGAUGUCUGAUGAUAAUGAUGCCAA